AUGAACGAAAAUCUAUUUACCCCUUUCACAAUCCCAAUAAUACUAGGUAUUCCCAUCACAACCCUAAUUAUUAUAUUCCCCACAAUACUAUUCCCAACACCAAGUCGACUAAUCAACAACCGCAUGAUCACCAUCCAACAAUGACUAACCAAACUCACAUCAAAACAACUAAUAAUUACACAUAACCCUAAAGGACGAACCUGAUCCCUUAUGUUUAUCUCACUUUUCUUAUUUAUUACUUCCACAAAUCUUCUUGGAAUAUUACCCCACUCAUUCACACCUACCGCUCAACUCUCAAUAAACUUAGGCAUAGCUAUCCCUCUAUGAGCCGGCACUGUUGUUACAGGCUUCCGCAACAAGACAAAAAUUUCCUUAGCCCACCUUCUACCACUAGGCACCCCAACCUUCUUAAUCCCUAUGUUAGUGACAAUCGAAACUAUUAGUCUAUUUAUUCAACCUUUAGCCCUAGCAGUGCGACUAACAGCCAACAUCACAGCAGGCCACCUAUUACUGCACCUAAUUGGAAGCAUAACCCUUGCACUAACAAACAUCAGUUUAUUCACAGCCUUCAUUACGUUCACCAUCCUUACUCUAUUAGCUAUUCUCGAAUUCGCUGUAGCCCUAAUCCAAGCCUACGUAUUCACCUUACUAGUAAGCCUAUACCUGCAAGACAAUACAUAA